AAACCAAAAACGAAAGAAGAAUACAGAAAGUGGUGGCAAAGCCCAGUUUGUAGGGUACGAUACAAAGAGGUGCUGUGCUGCAUAAACCCCACUCCACCGGACUAGCGACGGAAGCGAUUAUAGAUGCUUGGCGUAAUAUACAAGUAGAAGAUGAGUACAGUCGAUAAGAUGCUGAUUAAGGGUAUCCGGGCUUUUGACCCGGAGAACAAGCACGUCAUCACCUUCUUCCGUCCCUUAACUCUCAUUGUGGGCCCCAACGGCGCUGGCAAAACUACCAUCAUCGAGUGCUUGAAGCUCUCCUGCACCGGCGAAUUACCCCCAAAUGCUAGGUCUGGCCACAGCUUCGUUCACGAUCCCAAGGUCGCAGGAGAAACAGAAACCAAGGGCCAGAUCAAGCUUCGCUUCAAGACAGCAGCUGGGAAGGAUGUUGUGUGCAUAAGGUCAUUUCAGCUCACACAAAAAACUUCCAAAAUGGAGUACAAGGCAAUCGAGAGUGUUCUUCAGACUAUUAAUCCUCACACAGGGGAGAAAGUUUGUCUUAGUUAUCGUUGUGCUGAUAUGGACCGGGAAAUUCCAGCUCUUAUGGGUGUCUCGAAGGCUGUGCUUGAAAAUGUUAUAUUUGUACAUCAAGAUGAGGCCAACUGGCCAUUGCAAGAUCCUUCUACUCUAAAAAAGAAGUUCGAUGAUAUUUUUUCCGCAACCAGAUAUACGAAGGCAUUGGAGAUUAUUAAAAAGCUUCACAAGGAUCAGGCCCAAGAAAUUAAAACAUACAAGCUAAAGUUGGAGAAUCUUCAAACAUUGAAAGAUGCUGCAUACAAGCUCCGAGAGAGUAUUGCUGAAGAUCAGAAGAAAACGGAAUUGUUGAAAAGUCAAAUUGAAGAGAUAGAAAAUAACAUCCGAAGUUUAGAUGCCAAAAUUCAAAAUACUGAAAGCACACGGAAAGUUUUGGAGGACCAACAGAAUCUGAUCUCAAAUAAGAAGACUGAAAGAAGCACUUUGUUGAAGGAGAAAGAGAGACAAUAUAAUGCUUUGGAAGUGGAAAUUGAUGACAGUGAUGAAGAUUUAAGGAGAUGGAAUAGCACAGCUGAAGCACAGACUGCAGCUUUAAAAUCUAAAAUUUGCAAGUGGGAGAGGGAAAAGGAAGAAAUAGCCAUUCGGGCUGUUGUGCACAAGGACAAUAUCAACAAGCGUAUACAAGAGAUCAGCAAACUUCAAACUGAGGCUGAAGCAUGUAUGUCUUUGAAAAAGGAAAGAGAUGCAACUAUCCAAAGGCUUUAUGAAAUGCUUAAUUUGGGAACUCUUCCAGAUGUCCCCUUCAGCAAUGAAGUUGCUUUAAACCUAACUAAUUGCAUAGAAUUAAGGUUGGAAGAUUGCAGAAAGGACUUGGAAGAUCAGAGGGAAUCAAACAAGAAAGAGAUUCAGGUGGUGUGGGAACUUUACAAUGCUGCAACGGACCGUUGGAAAGAUGUUCAAGCCCAACAAAAUGCUAAACGUGAAAUCAAGAAUGGAAAUAUAAAACGUAUAGAAGAGAAGGAGAAGGAGCGGUAUACAAGGGAACUCCAAAUAUCAGAUGUCGACCUGGUUCACAUUGAUGAGAGGGAAAAACAAAUGGGGAUUGAUGUAGCUAGAAAGAUAAUGCAGCUUGAACAGAGAAACUUUAAGACACUCAUUGAGCAAGCACAUUUGGAAAUAGUAACAUCAACCCAUCAGCUUACAACUCUUAACCGCGAGAAAGAUAUCAUGGCUGCAGACUCUGCGGAUAGGAGGUCUCUCUCUGAUAAGAAGAAUGUGCUAGAAAACAACAGGAAGAAACACAGAAAGAUAAUAGAUGAGUUCAAGGAUAGAAUUAGAGUAGUACUAAAAGGAAGGUUUCCUCCAGAGAAGGAUGUGAAGAAAGAAGUUAUAAAAGCUCUAAGGGCACUUGAAUUGGAGCACGAUGAUUUACAUGUUAAAUCACGUGAAGCGGAGAUGGAAGUCAAUAUGUUGCAAAUGAAAAAAGAAGAAGCUGAGAAUCACCUUUCCCAGCUUCACAAGGAUAGAGAUUCAAGAAAGAGAUUCCUUGAGUCAAAGUUGAAGUCUUUAGAUCAGCAGACUGCUAGUAUAGAUCUGUAUCUUGAAGUCUUGGACAGAGCAAGAGCACAAAGAGAUGAUAAAAAGAGUAAAUACAAUAUGGCUGAAGGAAUGCGGCAAAUGUUUGAUCCUUUCGAAAGAGUUGCGCGUGCUCAUCAUAUGUGCCCUUGUUGUGAGCGCUCUUUCUCUGCUGAAGAGGAAGAUGACUUUGUUAAAAAGCAAAGAGUGAAAGCGACAAAUUCUGUUGAGCGUAUCAAGGCUUUGGCUACAGAGUGUACACAUGUUGAUUCUUCUUUUCAGCAGUUAGAAAAGCUUCGUAUAGUAUAUGAGGAAUAUACUAAACUUUGGAAGGAAACAAUUCCACUUGCAGAGAAGAAUCUGAACAAGCUUAGUGCAGAGAUGGAUAUAAAGUCUCAAUCCCUCGAUGAUGUGCUAGGCGUUUUAGCUCAAAUUAAGGCUGAUAAGGACUCUGUUGAAGUUCUAGUGCAGCCGGUAGAAACAGCAGAUAAAAUUUUCCAUGACAUACAGGCUCAGCAGAAUGAAGUUGAUGAUUUAGAAGCCAAGUUUGAUAUCCAAGGUCAAGAUACCAAAUCGAUGGAGGACAUUCAGGCUGAGAUAAAUACGUUGCAGAAGAAAAUCGAUAAUCUACAUAAUGAAAGGGAGAGAUUGCAUGUUGAACAGUCUGAUAUGGAAGGAGAUCUUCAUCGUCUACAGUUGAGGUGGGCUGAUGCAAGGGAGGUGAAGGUGAAAGCAUCUAGUGCUUUGACUGAACUGAAGAAGAUUGAGGCGGAGUUGGAACAUUUGGCAGAGGAACAGAGACAAAUCAAUCUUGAAGAGAAGCAUGUGUCAGAGGCUCUUGGUCCUCUACUUAAGGAGAAACAGAAAUUGCUAAAUGACUACGAUGUUACAAAAGAAAGUCUUGAGAGAAGAUAUGAGGAACAAGAUAAAUGUGUAAGGAGUUAUGAAAUGGAAUUUAGGACACUUCUGAAUCAGAACUCAAAGAUUAAAGAGUAUAAUGAAUUAAAGAAGCUCGAAUUGUUAAACAAUGCGUCAGAGAAUAAAGCAGUCCUGGAUUCUCAACUCCAAAAUUGCAAUACGAGGGUAGAAGAGAUUUCAGCUGAACUAUCAAAAAGUAAUGAACUUCUACAAAAUCAAGCGGGACUAAAAAGAAAUAUCCAAGACAAUCUGCAUUACAGGAUAACAAAACAAAGAGUGGAUGAGCUUGGUUACGAGAUCGAACUUAUGGAAGAAAAAAUUGCUGAAAUGGGUGGAGUUUCCAAAUUUGAAGCUGAGGUUGACAAACUCAAGCAAGAAAGAGAUAGGUUUUCUUCUGAGUCAAACAGGUACUUAGGUACAGUUUCGGUUCAUCAAAGUAAUAUUUCAAAAAACAAGAUUGAUCUCAAACAGGCACAGUACAAGGACAUUGACAAGCGCUAUUUUGAUCAAAUGAUUCAGCUUAAGACAACUGAGAUGGCCAACAAAGAUCUGGACAGAUAUUACAAUGCUCUUGACAAAGCUCUCAUGCGCUUCCACACAAUGAAAAUGGAAGAGAUAAAUAAAAUUAUACGGGAGUUGUGGCAGCAAACUUACAGAGGUCAGGAUAUUGAUUAUAUUAGUAUUCACUCUGAUUCUGAAGGGGCUGGUACUCGCUCUUACAGCUACAAGCUUUUAAUGCAAACUGGUGAUGCGGAACUAGAAAUGCGUGGCAGAUGUAGUGCAGGUCAAAAGGUUCUUGCUUCACUUAUCAUACGUUUGGCACUAGCUGAGACUUUUUGCCUCAAUUGUGGAAUACUAGCUCUAGAUGAGCCAACUACAAAUCUAGAUGGCCCCAACGCUGAGAGUCUUGCUGCAGCUCUUUUAAGAAUUAUGGAGGAUAGGAAAGGGCAGGAGAAUUUUCAACUAAUAGUAAUCACACAUGAUGAGAGAUUUGCUCAGCUCAUUGGUCAGCGUCAGCACGCAGAAAAAUAUUAUCGGAUAACUAAAGAUGACCAUCAGCACAGUAUUAUUGAGGCCCAGGAGAUCUUUGAAUGAAAGCUAAUUCGGAAUGCCAAUGGAGUAGCUGCAGGGACAAAGUUCUGAACUAUUUGUUUACUCAUUUGAGCGACUAGUUUUUCAAAUUCGAGCUGGGUACAUCCAGUGGGCAAAUGGCGAAGUACCUUUGGACAUGAACUAUACAUGUAAAACAUAAUUUAAUCAUAACACUAUACGGUUUGGCUCUUUAAGCAUUUUCUCCCCCCUUCAAUUUUUCACUUUAUUGUAGUUCUCGAUUGUGUUUUACUGUAUAUGUAAUUUGUUUUCCCAA